CGCGUACUGGAAAUGAGCCGUCUCUCUUUUUGGGACGCUGCUCCACGGAUAUGUCCGUCCGAUCGCACUGUUAAUAAGCGGGUGGUGCCUGGAGUGGAGUGGCAUUCCUCUUUCCAUCUUUCUUUCUUCAAUCGCUCCUCCCGUCCGCUUCGUUCCCUUUUCCCCAAACGAUCUCGCACCCAUUCACUCAUUCAGCAACAGCACAGCCAACAAGCAUGUCUGCCACAAAACCAUUCCCUCCUCUCAAGAAUGACCUGAUCCUCAGAGCCGCCCGUGGCGAGAAGACCGAGCGUGCACCCGUCUGGGUCAUGCGUCAGGCUGGUCGCUACCUGCCUGAGUUCCGUGCCGAGCGCGUUGAGAACGACUUCUUCAAGAUCUGUCGCACACCCGAGUUAGCGACCAAGGUCACGCUUCAGCCCAUUGACCGCUACGACGGCCUGCUGGAUGCAUCAAUCAUCUUUUCCGAUAUCCUGGUCAUCCCCCAGGCCAUGGGCAUGACUGUUGAGAUGGUCCCCGGCAAGGGGCCCCAUUUCCCUGAUCCUCUGGUUCACCCUUCGGAGAUGCCAGCCAAGCUGAAGGAAAAGGUCGAUGUGUACCAGGAGUUGCAGUACGUCUUUGAUGCGAUCACCAUGACCCGACACGCGCUCGACGGACGUGUGCCCUUGAUCGGAUUUGUGGGCGCACCUUGGACCUUGAUGGCAUACAUGAUUGAAGGAGGCGGUAGCAAGACACUGUCAAAGGCCAAGGAGUGGAUCUUCAAGCACCCCAAGGCGAGUCAUGAGCUGCUGAACCGCAUCACGGAUGUCUGUGUCGAAUUCUUGGUUGGUCAAGUCCGUGCCGGAGCUCAGAUGCUGCAAGUGUUCGAAUCGUGGGGAGGAGAGUUGGGUCCUCAUGAUUUCGAGCAGUUCUCGCUCCCUUACUUGGCUCAGAUUGCCAAGCGGGUCAAGGCUGCGCUCGGUUCGGAAGCUGUGCCGAUGACGGUCUUUGCCAAGGGCUCAUGGUACGCACUCGAGCAGCUGUCGGAGAUCGGAUACGAGACCGUGUCCCUGGACUGGACUCAUGACCCUGUCCAGGCCAAGGCUCUGACGAAGGGCCGCGUGACGCUUCAGGGCAACAUGGAUCCCAAUGUAUUGUAUGGAGGGGACGAGGCGAUUGUCGCAGCCGUAGAGAGGAUGGUUCGAGGCUUUGGAUCGACAGGACGGUAUAUUGCUAACCUGGGACAUGGUAUCUUGCCGACUGUGCCUGUGGAGGCCAUGGAGCUGUUCUUGAAGACUGUCCACCGUGUGGGUCUUGAGGUCGCGGCCGAGGAAUCAAAGAUAGAGAUUGCCAGCAAUGUCAACAUUAUUGGAUAAACAUCGGGUCCAGUCGCCACGCCAUUACCACCGUUACCAUCAACAUCAGCAUCGUCGCUAUAGAUCGGUCGUGUUUCUUUGUUUUUGAAUAAGAAGAGGAGAAGAACUGGGUUUUUGUGAUCUGUAAUAUAUCUCUUGAAUGGAAUAAAAAUGAAGACAUGGGGGGAGGGGGGAUGCUACCCCCUUAUCGCAAUCCAUUCGAUCCAUGAGCCAUUAAACAGCAACUGACA